AUGGCAAAACAUUCUUCUUUUACAGUAUUUAGAGUAUUUAUAAUAGAAUUACCUUUCGGUCAUGAAUAUAAUUCAACGGAUUAUAGGAAGUUGAAGAAGAAUGCAUUAUGUAUUCGAACUUAUGUAUCAUGUCUGGAUACUCAAGUUAGAAACAUACUUACUCAAAAUGGAUUUAAUUUAUCAUUAUCACCGCCUCAAGCAAUUUUUGAUUAUCCAUCAUUCACUCAUAAAUUUAUAAUCAACAAUUUAGUUUAUUAUAUUUCCAUAUGUUCACGACAUUUUAUUGAUAGGAGAAUAUUAUUUCGUGAGAUAUGUAAAUUAAUAUUAAAUCGUUCAUUUCUGAAUCAUUUUGAAUUGGAGAGAAUUUCCGAAUUUUUUGUUGAUGAUUUUCGAGAUUAUAGUGAUUUAUUUGGUCCCCUUCUCAAGCUACCUGAUGCCACUAAAUUAUUUAAGAAAUUUGAAAGUUUUACUUCGGAUGUAAGAGACGUUGAUAAUCAGACUGACUCAUUAUAUGAAUCAUUAACAUUAAAUUGUGAUAAUGUUUUAAAUAAGGAUUUGUUCUUGAUCUGUCAUUCUCAAGUGCAAUUAUUAGCAAAACUUAUAAGCUUCCAAAAACGGUUAGAAAAUCUGUCAAUUAAUGAGAAUAUUCAAGGUUUUCAUUCGUUAUUAUGGGCUGUCUUUAGUCAAAAAGAUACAUUAAAGAGCCUUCGUUUAUAUUUACUUUAUAUUAAAAAUUGUACUGGAUUGCAUGAAUCGGGUAUUUUACUCUUUGCUUCAUCAUUUACUCAAUUAACAAUUUUAAAUUAUCAUACAAAAGUUACCGAAUUAACUUUACAUAAUUUGAUUCCUGAACAAGCAAUAGCGAUAUUUAAUAAUAAUUUUAAUGAAUUAAGAAAUUUUUCAUUUAAUUAUGGAAGAGAAAGAUUUAGUGCAAAUGAAUUGUUGUGUCAAAUGGCCGAAAAUGUACCCGAAUCACUUGAAACUAUUGAAAUAAGAAUGGGGAGAUUUACUGCUGAUAGUUUAAGAAAGUAUGCUGAAGGGUGGUAUUGUAAAGGAAGAGGAUAA